AUGUCUGCGAUCUCCGAUAGUGAUAACGAAGCAGAAGUUGUUUCACGGAACUUAUGCGGUGUUGUCGAUAUUGGAUCUAAUGGUAUUCGUUUUAGCAUUUCGUCUAAGGCCUCGCAUCAUGCGAGAAUUAUGCCUUGCGUGUUUAAGGACCGCGUUGGCAUUUCCUUAUUUGAGGUUCAGUAUGCUGCGAAUUCGUUGGACAAAGCUCCAAUCCCAGAAGAUACUAUCAAAGAGGUGAGCGCUGCUAUGAAAAGGUUCAAACUCAUAUGUGACGAUUUUGGCGUUCCCGAAACCGGUGUCCGUGUUGUAGCUACAGAAGCAACUCGUGAAGCCAUCAACUCGGAAGAGUUCAUCAACGCUGUAUUUGAAUCCACAGAGUGGCAUGUAGAACUUCUGCCUAAAGAAGAAGAAGGGAAAAUUGGCGCUUAUGGGGUUAUAUCUUCCUUUAACUCAGUAUCGGGACUUUACAUGGAUUUAGGAGGAGGAAGUACUCAAAUUUCGUGGAUAAGAUGUGUCGAUGGAGAAAUCAAAAUGUCUAGCAGCCCUAUUUCGCUACCAUAUGGCGCUGGAGCUCUGUCAAGAAGGAUGAAAUUGGAAGAUAAGCGCAAAUUGUUCCUCGAAAUAAAGGAUGCCUACAAAGAGGCGGUUUCUAAGAUAGGCAUACCUCAGGAGAUGGUCGAUGAGGCUAAGGAGAAAGGCGGGUUUGACCUUUUUACCUGUGGGGGCGGUUUGAGGGGGAUGGGCCAUUUACUCUUGGCAAAGAUCAAAGAGUAUCCAAUUCAAACUAUUAUAAACGGUUUCUCAUGCUCUUUUGAAGAGUUUUCUAGCAUGGCGGACUACUUAUUUCUCAAAGGAUGUGUUCCUAAGUCUAAAAAAAUUUUUAAGGUUUCUGAAAGGAGAGCUUUGCAACUCCCUGCUGUUGGUUUGCUGAUGAGUGCAGCAUUUGAAUCCUUACCUUCAGUUAAAACGGUUCAUUUCAGUGAAGGUGGUGUGAGAGAAGGAACGCUGUACUCAAUUUUACCAAGAGAGAUAAGAGCUCAAGACCCUUUGCAUGUUGCAACGAGGCCUUAUGCGCCACUUCUAGCACCAAAAUACUUGGAAUUACUGAGGGCUGCCAUACCAGAGAAGGACGUUCCCAAAAUCAUAUACGCGAGGAUCGCCCCAGCGUUGUGCAACCUAGCCUUUGUACACGCCUCGUAUCCUAAAGAACUACAACCAACUGCUGCCUUACAUGUCGCGACUACCGGAAUUAUUGCUGGCUGUCACGGACUUUCACAUAGAGCAAGAGCCCUAAUAGGGAUAGCUUUGUGUAACCGGUGGGGGGGCGAUAUUCCUGAGCAAGAGAUGGAGCAUAAAAAGUUGCUGGAAGACGUAGUGCUUCGAGACGGUAACAAAGUGGAGCGCGAGCGAAUUGUAUGGUGGACCCAGUACAUCGGUACUAUCAUGUAUGUGAUCUGUGGUGUUCAUCCUGGUGGCAACAUUAGGGAUGGGCUGUUUAAUUUCAAUAUUGAGCAGAGAGAUAACACAGACAAGGAAGUACAAAGCUUAAGUCUCGAUGAAAAGGUCAGCGCUAGCAAUCCUAAACGCAGGGAGUUUGAGGUCAUUGUCCGCAUUAGCAAAGAUGAUCUAAAGACGAGUGCUUCCGUAAGAGCUAGAAUUAUUACUCUACAAAAGAAGAUCCGCAAAUUGUCGCGGGGCAGCUCCGAAAAGGUCAAAAUUGGCGUACAGUUUUACGAAGACACAUAA